GUUUGGCAGACACGGUCAGGAUGUUGUGGUUGCUGUUCUGUCUGCUUCCUCUGGGGGGCAGCCACCGCAUCAGUGCCCAGGAGGUCAAUCAUAAAGGAAGUCAUGAUCACGAGGAGAUGUCUGCUGUGAAUUCAAGACCUCAGAUUUAUAACUGCCGCUCAUCGAACAUGGAGGACUUCACCUGCAGGUGGCAUCCGCUCAGCAACCUGACAGGUGACAACGAGGUCACCUACGUCCUCAUCUACUCCAAGGAAAAGGGGCCCAAAAAGGAGUGUCCGGAUUACGUUUCUGCCGGCCCGAACAGCUGCCACUUCAACAAGCACCACACAGCCGUCUGGCAGAUCUACUGCAUGAAUGUAACAGCCAUCACCGCCCACAGGAACUACACCUCCCCGCAGUACUGCGUGGACGUGGCCGACAUUGUGGAGACCGAAGCUCCAGUCAACCUGACCUACGAGCUGACAGACGCUGGCGGUGAUGAGAUGGGCCACAGUGUGCUGCUAUCCUGGACGUACCCAGUGCCUGAGGUCCAGCAGAGCGGCUGGAUCACCCUGGAGUAUGAGCUGCAGUACAGACGGCUCACCGAGUCCGACAACUGGAAGGUAAAGUUCUGGUUCUGGUGCUGGUGGUGGCAGUCGGUGUCGUAGCUCUGCUGGUCAUCGUCUUCGGCAUUUUCCCGCAGAGUAGGAGAAUAAAAGAAUAUUUCCUGCCACCUAUUCCCAAACCACGAAUCAUCGGCAUUGAUCCGCUGCUCCUAAAGAAGGGGAACCUGGAAGAAAUCAACCAUCACUUCAGUAACUUCCACAGCUACAGACCUCCAAGUUACUCUGUUGAAGUCUGGGACCAGGUCAGUGCCGACGGCAUCUACCUAACCUCUCCGAAGGACUGCAGGACCCCUGCAGAUGUCUCAGUUAGGGAGAGGGAGUCGCCCGGCGCUGUCCAGCAUCAGUUCUCCAUUCAGAACCCAUUGUUGUACAUUCAGAGUGUACCACCUUACUGCUCACCACCUCCUGAAGUCUUUGCUCCGCUGCUGGGUACUGCUUCUCUAUGGCAGAGGUCUGAUGUAUUGUCUGUGCCAGGGACAGACUACAGCAUGAUGGAGCAGCCUGGGGUCACCACAAACAAUACCCCCAGUCUUCACCCGACCAGCAACCCACCACAGGAUUUCUACACCUGUGUCCACCUCAUGAAGGAAAAUGGUGAGGUGCACCUGGUGCCAUGUUUCUCAUCACCUUACUGCCGAGACCUCCCACCUUUCCAAACUUCAGGAGCAGCUGAGACAGAAGAAGAGGAGAACAAAAAGAAGAGGCUCGUUGAGUAUCAGGCGAGCAUGAGCACGAUGGAAGAAGGCAGUGAGAGUGAGAGGAGCGAAGCUGCCACCCCCCUGCUACCUGUCUCUGUCCAUGAUACAGACUGAAACACGUCUAGAAUAUGGAGCCUGUCGCAAAAAAGAAUCUGCUUUGAUUCCGUUCCUGCUGUCUCCUCAAUUUUACAACAAGCUCAUCUGCACAACUUUUAAAAAAGAGAUUUUGAACUUUUGAAGAUUUGGAAAACAGUCAAGUUUAUAUAAACAUAAAUAACACUACUGUGGAUGCGUCAGAGAUUAUAUUACAAACAAGUAAAAAAAAAAAUCAGAAGAUGAAGUUAGCUUGUUCUUUGUUCUGUAUCAGGUCACCACUGAGAUUUAUUUUGACUUUGAGGGUCCAGAAUUGUCACACUUAAAGUGUUAAAUGUAGAAAUUGACAUUUUCAGAAACAAAAAGCUUGACAAGCACUUCAUCCUGACGGUGCUCAAAGUGGGCCGGUACCAGUACUUUUAAAUGUUUCUCCUUAUCGUACCGUUGACGUUUAUAGCGCACUGCCACUUCCCAUAAACAUGCUUAUCAACUGUAAGCAGAAAGUCAUGACACAAUCAGUACUGCUUCUGAUUGGCCCAGAUUUAGUAAAUCAAAUGACACAUGACUCACGAGGAGCAAUGAUUGAUUACAGGUUAAGAAGGAACCAAUCGAAGGCACAGCUAUUAGAUGGUAAAUGGUUUUUAUGGUUUAAAUGGUCCCUACGGACUCAAACGCUUUACUCUCGAAUCAUUCACUCAUUCAUACACACAUUUACACACUGAUGGUAGUGAGUCACACUGACAGAGGCGGCCAUGUACCGGCGCCACUGGACCCUCUGACCACCAGCAGGCAAAGAGGGUGUGGUGUCUUACCAAAGGACUCGAUGGAUGAAACAGAGGACCAAACUGGCAACUCAUCAUUUACAAGAAGACUCCCCUAACCACUCCGUCACAGCUGGUACUUCCAUUCCAUUAUCUUUUACCCGCUUCUUCCUUUCAGGGUCAUGGGGGUCACUGUAUGAGGGGCGGGGUACACCCUGGACAGGUUGCAAGUCCAUGACAGCUGGUACUGAGGUCCAUAUAUACAGUCUGUGAGAAGAUGAGUUUUGUUUUGUUAGCAGUAAAACCAGAUGAGGAUGCUUAGCAGAAUAGUGGAGCAACACAUGCAGAUAUUUAGAUUCUGUGUUCCUACUUUUUUUGGGAACAACCUCUCCACUUUGACUGGAAGUGAAUGAAAUCCUGAACUGUUGAUGUGUUUGCUAAGAAAAAUGCUUCAAGUAUGACUAUAGUGGCCCUCUGGAGCCUUUAAGUGCCUAAAGAUUAUAGUAUAUGAUUAUUUAUUGUCACUACUGAUCAGUUAUCUCCAGUGCUAUCUACAACCCAAAUUUCAAAAAGAUUGGUUCAUUUGCAAACAAAAACAGAAUGCAAUAAUUUGUAAAACCUCAACAUAUUUUAUUUAAAAUAAAGCAUAGUAAACAUGUCAAAUGUUGAAACUAAAAAAUUGCACCAAUUUUGAGGAAAAAAUAAAAUGAAUUUGAGUUUGAUUGUUGUUGUAGAGGAAUGUAUUCCCAUGUCUUGUCCAAUGGAAGGUUCUAGUUGGCUCUUUUUUGCUGAAAUUUUUACAGGAUGGUAGCAUAAUAUAGUUGAAGAUACUUGUUGCACUGAUGGUGCCGCUCCAGAUGUGUAUGUUGUCCAUUCCAGGGGAACUAAUGCACCUCUAGAGACAGGCUUUUGAUCAGUGCACUAACAGGACUUAUGGUUUGCACCUCUUCGAUAGAGAGACGUGGAGUUUGUGUUUCUCAAAAAAAAUUCUAAUUUGUCUUCAUCUGACAACAAAGUCGUUUUCUACUUUGGUCCAGUCCAAUUUAAAUGAGCUUUGGUCCAGAGAAGAUGGCAGAGUUUCUAGAUGGAGUUCACAUCAAGUGUUACAUGCAGUGAUGUCCUGAACAGAAUCAGUAACAGGAUCAGCRGCUCCUGAGGGCCCAAAGAGCACAUUUAAUCAGCACUGACUUUCAGCGUUGUCAUUUGAGCUCAGAUAUUUCUCUACAUCCUUAAAAUCGUUUGAUGAUAUGAGUUUUAGUUGAUGGGAUUUUUAAAAUCUUCACAAUUUUUCAUUGAGGAACAUUAUUCUGAAAUUGUUCCAUUUUUAUUAGACAGUGGCUGUGUCUCAAUUAAUGGGUUGCAGCCGCUUACGUCACUGUCUCGCGCUGCAGGUUGACUCAAUUCAUAGGCGCCUAUCAUGUGACCGACAUAUACAGCUGACAGAAACCCCAAAAACGUAGGCCGCAUCUGAGUAUCGACGAUAUCCCACAGUUGAUUGCACCGUCAGCAAAUUAAACAGAAAAAUAAAGGCGGCUGAGUUAUUUUAUUUUAUUUUACAGUAUAGUUUUUUAUAAGGCAGAGUUUGGAAAUUGCUCAUGGACCGAAGAAUGUAAGUGUAGAGUAAGUUAAGCAACUUAGCUGAAGAAACUUGUUGCAAUGAGAUGUUAGAUAAAAUGCAGUUACAAGUACUGAAAUUAUUCAUUCAU